AUGUCUCGCCUUUCGACCUCGAUCGUUUCCGCUGUUGCCAUCCUCAUGGUCGUUGGGGGAACCGCUGCCAGCGUCGUCCCUCAAGCUCAAACACAAGAUUUCAUUGUGGCGUGCCCUGGUGUGCACUGUGGGAGCGAGAGCUAUCGUUCUCAGCCCAUUCUGGCUCGAGGGGAAGAGGAAGCCUUCGUGGAUGUCACCGACGAUGAGCUAGACUCGUCCGCGGACAGCGAUGCCACCGCCGAUACCUGCUACAACAGAUCACAGUGCGAAGUGGGAUUCACAUGUCUCAACAGUCGUUGUACCCUGAGCUGCAUCAGCGACAGUGAUUGCUCUCGUCUACACACAUGCACCAAUGGAACUUGCAUGGAUCCCCGCGGAGGAGCUUGCCUUUCCAACAGGAACCGAUGCACUCACGACUACCAGUGCUGCUCUGGUCGUUGCGACCGAUUUGCCGCUGUCUUUGGCAGCAAGAAGUGCAGAAGCUCGAUCAAGAUAUUCCCUUGA